UUGUUAUGCAAGAUUGAUUUGAUUGGCCGCUCAACGCAUCGGAAGCCAGACACUGCAGCGUUCUUGGCUCCAAAAUUAUCUAGCGGAUCAGCGAGACUGCUUCAGGCAUGCGUCCUGAGUAGUUCCAUGAUGCAAUGGUCUCGUCGAUCAAGGAACCAAGCUUGAAGUCUCUGCACGCAGAUGGUCGAACGCUCCCAUGUCGCGUGGCCAACGGCCACGCGCCCUUGGUGCCAUCCGAGAGGUUUCCGCUGAGGGUGGAAGGGCGCUUCAUUGUAGAUCGCCUUGGAGAGCGCGUGAAAUGGGCGUGUGUGAACUGGUAUGGACCUGAAUCCAUUUCCUUCACCUUCGGAGGCAUGGAGAAGCUCCCGGUGGAUGAGAUCGUGAAGCGUAUUGCAGAACUGGGCUUCAAUUGCGUGAGAGUGGCAUACAGCUUGGAGGCUCAUGUCAGGAAUCCAUUUCUUGAAGAGCAGUUUGUGAAAGCCAACAGGUUCUUGAGCGGCAAGCGGUUCUUGGAUGGCUUUGAUGCAGGAAUUGAGGCCUUGACCAAGGCAGGCUUGAUGGUGAUCAUUGAUCAGCAUGUUUCCCGCGCUGGAUAUUGCUGCCAUUGGUCCCAGGAUGAGGGCCUUUGGUAUGUGCCGGGGUAUCCAGAAGACAUCUGGAUACAAAGCCUUGUGAACAUGACCAGAAGGUACCGAGGGAAUUCCUUCGUGGUGGGUAUCGAUCUGAGAAAUGAAGUUCACGACUUGCACUCAAAUCCCAAGUGGGGCAACGGCUUGAUGAUGACCUGGGGGGACAAUGAUCCCAAGACCGACUGGGCCGCAGCGGCCACCCGUGCCGGGAAUCGUGUACUGGCAGAAAACCAGGACCUGAUCAUCGUCGUCAUGGCGUUGUGCUUUGGGAUGGAGCUACGUCCAAUGCGAUCCCAUCCGAUCAAAUUGGAUCUUCCAAACAGGGUGGUGUAUGAGACGCACAACUAUGUCGAGUAUCAGUUCUGGAAUCUGAUACCCCGUGAUUUGGGCAUCACCUUCAGUACACUGAGAACGAUCACGAUGCUUUCGUGCUUAGCUUUGAGCGCCACGAUCUUCUACCUUCUGAGACGCUGGAGGAGGAGUGGUACUGGGUAUCCUCCAAAGCAUCUUUUUCUCAUGUCCCUUGGUGCGUGGUCAGCACUCUUUAGCCUGAUCUUCAUGGCCAUGGCCUUCACGACCUACAAGGCGGCGUGUACCUAUUGCAAAUGGGGUGCUCAGGAGGACUUCUUACCGUGGGUGUAUUUUUGGCUCCUCGCAGCUUUGGGUGGACUUGCUCUACUUGUGGUAUCUUGGCGCCUGUCUGGAAUGGCCAGUCUGGCAGAGCUACUGCAAGUAGACAGGAACCUGCUGCAAAGUGAUGAAAGCUGCGAUGAGGAGACGGACCUCUUCCGCAAAAGUAGCGGGGAAGGAAGUGGACGAGAGAUCACAAGGCCCUGGGACAGAGGGCUUGUGAUCAACCUGCAAUGCUUCAUGGUGUCUGUGAUCCUGCUCCUGGUGUGCAUGGUCGCACUGUUGGCUGCCAUCUUCAUAGAUACUUAUUGGUUCUAUGAAAGGUGGCUUGACAAGCAGUGGGGCUUUGCUCUGGAAGAAGGCCAAGCCUUCACUGCACCUAUUUGGAUGGGUGAAUUUGGAUACUUGAACCAUGGCAGCUUCUGGCUUCAGUUUAUGCGCUACCUCUCUUCUAGGGAUGUAGACUUCGCCUACUGGGCGAUCAAUGGCAUCAAGUACUCUGAAGGAUUCAACCAAGCCAAUGGAGAGUAUCGUCCAUUACCGGGAGGUGCAAGGUGGGUUGUGGAGCUCUAUGGCAUUCUUGGGCCAGAUUGGCAGACGGUCAAGAAGGCUUGGCUGGUGCGGGAUUUGCAAGCAUUGAUGGAUUCGCCAUCGAGAUGGAUACCCACUGACAUUGGCUGCGUCACUGACUUCCUUGGACACUUUUGUGAUGUGCCCUUCCGCGGCCCUGACGUCUAAUGCACCGUGAGAAAAGAUAGGCCGUAC